AUAAUCCUAACUUAAGGGCGUUGGUUGGGGGUGUACUUUUGCUACAUACGCUAAUACUUAAACUGUAUCUAUCUAUCAUUUUGACCCUUUUCUUCUACAUUGGUUGAAACGGCGUUUACUGGUGGCGAUGUGGGAGUUUCAAGAAUGGAAAAAAAAGAAAAAGAUAAUGCAUAGCUGAUCUGAUAGUACAUAUAAGAAAUGUCCUUCAAGAGCAUUGUGCGUGAGCUGCGCGAGAUGAAAGAUGGGAUAGGGAAUAUAUCAAGGAGGAGGGGAGUGGAAGGAAGGAAUUGGCGCAACAGAACCCGGUCACAUAUAGCCCCAGAUGUGGCCCCUUUUGAACCAAGUGAAGAAGGGCAAUGGGCAAAUUUACCACCUGAGCUACUUUGGGAUAUAAUUCGUAGGGUUGAAGAGAGUGAGACAACUUGGCCUGCUCGAACUGUGGUUCUCUUUUGUGCAUGUGUUUGCAAGUCAUGGAGAGAAAUUACAAAAGAGAUUGUCAAGACUCCUGAGGAAUGUGGUAGACUUACCUUUCCCAUUUCACUGAAGCAGCCUGGUCCCCGUGAAGCCCCAGUCCAUUGCUUUAUCAAACGGAGCCGAGAUAAUUCAGUUUAUCUCCUCUACAUAGGCUUGACUCCAUCUGGGGAUGAGAGUGAUAAACUAUUGCUGGCUGCCAGAAGGAUCAGGAGGGCAACAAGCACAGAUUUUGUAAUUUCAUUGGUUGCAUAUGAUUUUUCUCGAGCGAGCAACACAUACCUUGGGAAAUUGAGGUCUAACUUUCUUGGGACGAAGUUCACCUUAUAUGAUAGCCAACCUCCGAAUGAUGCAUCUAUUCAAGAAAGUAGUCAACAUAAUAGGAGAUUCCGUGCAAAGCAGGUAUCUCCAACAGUACCUGCAUGCAACUACAGUAUUGCCAAUAUCUCCUAUGAACUCAAUAUUCUCCGUUCAAGAGGACCUAGGAGAAUGCUUUGUGCCAUGCAUUCUAUUCCUUUCUCUUCUAUCCAAGAGGGAGGCACUGCUCCAACACCAACAUCGUUUCCCCAGUCUUUUGGUGAGAAGACAUCUCCAUCAGUUUCAGAUGUAAAAGAGACAGCUAAUGAUGUCGGCCCUCGAGAAUCACUUGUGCUAAAAAACAAGGCUCCUAGGUGGCAUGAACAAUUGCAGUGCUGGUGCCUAAAUUUUAAAGGUCGUGUUACAGUGGCUUCUGUAAAGAAUUUCCAGCUAGUGGCAGCGGUUGAUCCUUCUCACAAUAUACCUGCCGACGAACAAGAGAAAGUAAUUAUACAGUUUGGAAAAAUUGGAAAAGAUAUAUUCACCAUGGAUUACCGCUAUCCACUUUCUGCCUUUCAAGCCUUUGCAAUCUGCUUGAGCAGCUUUGACACGAAACCAGCCUGUGAAUGAUUUCAUGCAGAUUCUAUUUCUUCCCAAAAGUGCCUCUCUACCCCACAAGAGAUAGGGGUAAGAUCUGUGUACACCCCACCAUCCCCAGACCUUACUUGUGGGAUCACACUAGGUAUGUUGUUGUUGUUGUUCUGAUUUAGUGUUUUCCAUUUUCAGCUAUAUUUAUAAAUAAAUUAGGAUUUUCGUAGUGCAAUGUGCAGCUUCUCUAAAAGUAACUGUCUAGAUAGAAGCACCUGUAUCAAUUUGUAUUUGCAAAGUAUAUUUAUCAUGUUA